AUGCGGGCCAUCUUAGAAACCACAAGUCGUGUCCGAAGGCAAAGCCCGCCUCUUUCUCCUAGGCGGCGCCUCCGCCGACUGCAUCGCGGUAGCCGCGGUGGGGAUGCGGAGGGCCGGCCGCCCCCCGAGCCCCGGGCGCGCGGGCCGCGCUCGGAGCGGGACGUGGCCAACGACGUCGUCUUCGGGGUGGUAGCUGUGGACCUUCUCUUCAACCACGACCGGUUGGACAUGGAGGUCUCCGAGGCCUUUCGUCGCUCGGUGUACCAUCCGGCCUGGAAGCGGCUCAGGUAUUACUCCGAUGCCACAGCGCCAGAGGCGCGCUCGCCUGCAAAGUCUUGGCGACUCCAGGAUCGGACCUUGGAGCGGCAGUUUAGCUUGAGUUGUUUUUUUACGGAGGCAGCGACGAGGGAGCUGGACAUCUCUAGGAUGCAGGACCCACUGAUCCCUUACAUGCAACGCACGAGUCGCGGCCUGCUCUUUCAGGCGGGUGUCCGGGCGACGGACGAUCCCGUCUCCAACGCGCUGGUGGCGUGGAUGGCCCACAGCCUGAAUGUGCCUGGGAAUGCCAAGGACGAGCUGCGGCUUUCUCGCGGCCGACCUUUCGGCUAUGCGAUCGGAAAGCCGGAGGUGAGCGAGUGGCUGCUUCCCGUCUUCGUCGAGCACGACCGCUCCUCUCACGCGGAGCGCAUGGUGCGCGGGGAGCGGGUUUAG